AUGGCCAGUGACUUGUAUAGUAUUGUACUUCCAAAUCAGUUGCAAACUGCAGUAAAUACAUGUACUGAAACAGCAGCCAAUAUCAAUAGCAUGUAUACUACUAGCUUUUCAAGUCAACAGCAAACUGCAGUAUAUACAAAUACUGGAGCAGUAUCAAGUGCCAGCAACACGUAUACAAGUUUUCCAAGUCAGCCACAGUCUGCAGUUACUGCAGCAGCAACCAGUGCCAGCAACUUCUAUACAAGUUGUCCAAGUCAGCAGCUAACUGCAGUUACUGCAACAGCAACCAGUACCAGCAACAUGUAUACAAGUUGUCCAAGUCAGCCACAAUCUGCAGUUACUGCGGCAGCAACCAGUGCCAGCAACAUGUACACAAGUUUUCCAAGUCAGCCACAGUCUGCAGUUACUGCGGCAGCAACCAGUGCCAGCAACAUGUACACAAGUUUUCCAAGUCAGCCACAGUCUGCAGUUACUGCGGCAGCAACCAGUGCCAGCAACAUGUACACAAGUUUUCCAAGUCAGCCACAGUCUGCAGUUACUGUGACAGCAACCAGUGCCAGCAACAUUUAUACAAGUUUUCCAAGUCAGCCACAGUCUGCAGUUACUGCAGCAGCACCAAGUGCCAGCAACAUUUAUACAAGUUUUCCAAGUCAGCAGCUAACUGCAGUUACUGCAACAGCAACCAGUGCCAGCAACAUGUACACAAGUUUUCCAAGUCAGCCACAGUCUGCAGUUACUGUGACAGCAACCAGUGCCAGCAACAUUUAUACAAGUUUUCCAAGUCAGCAGCUAACUGCAGUUACUGCAACAGCAACCAGUACCAGCAACAUUUAUACAAGUUGUCCAAGUCAGCCACAAUCUGCAGUUACUGCGGCAGCACCAAGUGCCAGCAACAUUUAUACAAGUUUUCCAAGUCAGCAGCUAACUGCAGUUACUGCAACAGCAACCAGUACCAGCAACAUUUAUACAAGUUGUCCAAGUCAGCCACAAUCUGCAGUUACUGCGGCAGCACCAAGUGCCAGCAACAUUUAUACAAGUUUUCCAUGUCAGCCACAGUCUGCAGUUACUGUGACAGCAACCAGUACCAGCAACAUUUAUACAAGUUUUCCAUGUCAGCCACAGUCUGCAGUUACUGCGGCAGCACCAAGUGCCAGCAACAUUUAUACAAGUUUUCCAUGUCAGCCACAGUCUGCAGUUACUGUGACAGCAACCAGUGCCAGCAACUUCUAUACAAGUUUUCCAAGUCAGCAGCUAACUGCAGUUACUGCAACAGCAACCAGUACCAGCAACAUUUAUACAAGUUGUCCAAGUCAGCCACAGUCUGCAGUUACUGCGGCAGCACCAAGUGCCAGCAACAUUUAUACAAGUUUUCCAUGUCAGCCACAGUCUGCAGUUACUGUGACAGCAACCAGUGCCAGCAACAUUUAUACAAGUUUUCCAUGUCAGCAGCUAACUGCAGUUACUGCGGCAGCACCAAGUGCCAGCAACAUUUAUACAAGUUUUCCAUGUCAGUCACAAUCUGCAGUUAUUGAGAUAGCAGCUAGUGCCAGCAACACGUACACAAGUUUUCCAUGUCAGCCACAGUCUGCAGUUACUGCGGCAGCAACCAGUACCAGCAACAUUUAUACAAGUUUUCCAUGUCAGCCACAGUCUGCAGUUACUGCGGCAGCACCAAGUGCCAGCAACAUUUAUACAAGUUUUCCAUGUCAGCCACAGUCUGCAGUUACUGUGAACAGCAACCAGUGCCAGCAACUUCUAUACAAGUUUUCCAA